UUCUGGUGGACUCUGAUGGUGCUGGGUGGUUCCAAGUUGCUCCCGGCCGACUCGGAGCCGUCGAGCAGCGAGAAAUUGCGCAGUUUCAAUCGGGCCGUGAAGGAGGCGCGCGGCAAGAUUCAGGAUCUCUACGGCCAGGAUCAGUACCGAAGACAGCCCAGGCACACCAUCGACGAUAUGCUGGCCAGCUUUGCCCAGACCAGCAGCGGAGAAUCGGAGGACAAUGCCAUGGCGGAGGCAGCCAACGCCUGGUAUCGGGACUUCCAGACAGGCCACAAGAAAUCACAUACUGUCAGUAAACAGAGGGGCACGAACUACGAAAGUAACUACUUGAAGUAUAUGCAGAACACAGAGAUCGGCAAGGUGAAGCAGAAGUACAAGGAUACUGCGGUGGAUCCCAUCAUUCUAGUGUUCGAGACCACCAUGGCUCCCUUUCAGUACGGUGGUAGCGGUCUCACCUACCUGGACAUCAAGCUGAAGCAGGCCCAGGAGAUUCUAAACGAGCAUGAGAAGACUAGCAAAAGGGAUCCAUACCGGGUGAAGGAGUAUCACAAGAAGGCAGAACUCAACGACGAUCUACCGGAGUUUGAAAACAGGCCAGUGCCGGACGGGUUGUAUGAGCAAACAUUGCUCCGGCUCGAUUCGCCCAAAUGGAGGCCGAACAAUCUGUUGCACGAGGCCAACUACAAGCUGUCUAAGAUCGAGCAGGAGGCCUCUGAGAACGCCCAACGGAAAAUUCCGCCCAAGGGCAGGGGUUUGAACAAGCGCAGCUCCUAUCACGGCUUCAAUCCAAUGAACGAGAUCAAGCUAAAGACAAGCAACCGCCUCAUGCUCAAGGGCAUGGGACCCUCGCUGCCGAGCAAUGCGCUGGUGGAGAGCCAGCAUGCCCAUCUCGUGGACGAACUGAUAAAGCGCCGGGAGCGGAAAAUGAGACGGGAGCAGGAGCAGCAGCAGGAUCCAGAUCUGUAUCUGGAUCAUUAUCAGGAACAGAAUCAAGAGGGAUACAUGAGCGAUGAUGGUGAACGGCGGCAGCAGUACGAUGGCCUCAGUCCGAUGACCAACAAAAUGAGGCAGUCUCCGGAGGUUGUAUCCUCCGGUGGCCACAACAUGUUGGAUCUGCCACAGAGCUACGACUAUCGCCUGCCCCCGUACGAUCGCUUCCAUGCUCUCAGCCAGCGGCAGAUGCCCAACAUGGUCGACUACUUGCACCCCAAUCGCAGGUCCGUUGGGGACCCGGGACGCUACAAGCGGGAGCAUACCUUAAAUAUGACCCUGGCAACGACAGCGAAGGUGGCCGUGAAUGAGUCAGGAACUAAGGCCGAGCAGCUGGACAUCCCGAGUGUGCCUGCGCUCAAGGAAAGUGAACCAAAAGUCGAAGAACAACAGGAUGUCAAAGUGGAGCCGGAUAAAGAGCCAAUCGACAGCAAGGUGGUGGGUAAAGCUACUGCUUUCGAAAAGGUGCAAGUCGAGGCUGAAGCAAAGUCACUGAAAGUGAGAACGGACAUUGAGGUUAAGCCUACGGAACCUACAGAGCUGAAAGAUGAUGCUGUAUCUGUAUCUGAGGCGGACAUUUCAACAAAGCCGGAGGUGGGCGAAAGUGCUCAGGACUCUGCUGUUAAGGUGGAAAGCAUCGAGGCCAAGACAAGGCUAGAAACAGAUGCCAUCUCUGAAGCCGAGGGUAGCCUGGAGACCCAGAAUAAGUCAAACAGCCAUGCCGUCCUACAAUCGGUACUUGAACAGCCACAGGUUCAGGAGAAGUCCCAGGCGGCAGCCAGCAUUAAAGAUGCAGUGCUGCAGGAGAGCAUCAAGCUGACUGUGGAGGAGUCGUUCACGUCCAGGCCAGCCGAUGAGGUUUCCGAAGAGCCUGAGAGAUCAAAAAUAGCACCAGGUACUCCCCAUUUGCCCAAUCCCGAUGCAGUGGUCAAACUUCUGGCCAAUGAGCUGUCGCAUUUUAGUGGCGACAAAGAUCGCAACAAGCGGCACAUCCAAAGCCUACGUCGUCGCUGGUCUCCCAGGAAAAACCGGCGCUCCAAACGGUCCAUCGGAGAAGAGCAGCAGCCCCCGGAAUGCCCCGAGAGAACCAAGCGCAUGGCUGCUCCUCUGCUGGACGACCUGGAGGACCACAAUGGGAAUCACUUGCAUUUUGGAGACCUUGGAAGUGGCCUUCUUAUGUCCGAUGUCGAGGAAGAGACCGAUCCUUACGGCGAGGUCGAGGCCAGUCUGUAUGAUGCUUCUAGCGUUCAGGUGCCCAUGAUGAAUCAGCGAGCUAAUGGAGUCUACCAGUUAACGCAGCAGCCUCUGCAGAUACCACAGCAACAGCAGCCGCAGCAGCAACAACAGCAGCAGCAACAGCAGCAGCAGCAGCAGCAACAACAGCAGCAACAGCAGCAGCAACAGCAGCCGCAACAGCUACAGCAACCCUCCAAUUUAAAGGCCAGCUUCAAUUUGACUAACUUUUUUAAUGAGCUUCAGAAGCUGCAAAAGAAUCGUCCGCUUCAGCUGCAAGAGAAUCGUCCAGCGCAGCAGCAGCAACAACAAAAACUGCAGCAGCAACAGCAGCAGUCACCGAUUCAGCAUCAAUAUCUGCCAAAACAGCAACACUUUCCACAGAAGCCAUAUCUGCCAAAACAGCAAUACCUGCCACCUCAGCAACAGGCACCUCUACAGACCCAGCAAAAGCAGCUGAUAGCGCCGCCGCUAAUGAAGCAAUCCGCAGUCCAUCGAUACUUUGGUCCUUUCUUUAACAAGCAGGUCAAGAACAACAUGUUGUCCACAGUGGAUCCAUGCAUUACAUAAGUUGAACCACUGACGCGGC